AAACUUAAUAAUAACCAACAUUUUCUGAUCUGUGCAUUCAUAAUCAAAGUAACUAACAAGUUAAAGAAGUAACAGAAAGCAAAAAAAAAAAACAGAAAAAUGCAAUCAGCCAAGGAAACAGCAGCUAAUAUUGCAGCCUCUGCUAAGUCUGGCAUGGAAAAAACUAAGGCCGUCGUUGAAGAGAAGGCUGAGAAAUUGACGACAAGUGAUCCAGUGCAAAGACAAAUGGCGGCGGAGAAAAAGGAGCAGAGGAUUCAUCAAGCGGAGAUGGAUAAGCUGACAGCUCAGGAGCAGAAUGCAGCUUCAAAACAAGCUGCUGCUACUGGUGGAACUACUGCUUAUACUGCUACGGGUGGUGGCAUGGGUCCCGGUCACACUACUGGGACCCAUGGCAUCGCUCCAGGUCAUACUGGUCUCGGCCACACUCCUGGAACAGAAGGGACCACACCUGGCUAUACUGGUCUCGGGCACACCACUGUAGGUCAAACUACUGCUGUGACUGGAACACAUGGCACAACUGCAGGUCAUACCGGUCUCGGUUACACCACUACAGGUCAAACUACAGGUGUGAUUGGGACGCAUGGUACAACUGCAGGUCAUACUGGUCUCGGUCACACCACGGGAGGUCAGACUGGACUCGGCCACACCACUGGAACACAUGACACUACACCAGGUUAUACUGAUCUCGGUCACACCACAACAGGUCAAACUACUGGUGUGACCGGAACACAUGGCAUUGAUGCCGGGCAUCACACUACUAGUACUGGUGUGAUGUCGGGAGGAGAGCACCCGAUGGAGUCCACCACGGGCGUGGUGGAGGGCCAGUAUAUACCAGGGAUCACCACGGGAAGCGGAGGGGCUACUGUUCAGGGCCCUAAUACCGGGCGCCAUGGAUCUACCACCGAUUCUACUACCUUUUAAUUAGGAAGUUUUUUCUUCUCUGAGUUGUAAAACUAAUUAGUUGUGAUGUUUAUGUACGCCUUGUUAAACACAUGGACUUUUUUAUAGUAAUAAGUAUCGAGUUUUUCCAUGGCAAA